AUGAGUCGGAACAUAGAAAUGGAUCUGAAUGCAUCCGUGACGAAGACUGCGCUCGCCACCGCGUUGAGGAAGGCAGUGGGCUCGAGGGAUGCUCGCAAGAGUGAGGCCGUUGACGGCAGCGGCGAGCACGUUCCUGGGAAAAUUGCGGGAGGAAUGAAUGGUCAGAACGUCCCCGGAAGAACAAAACGGCAUCAAGAAAUGUGUCCUUGCGCGAUCUGGAGCGGCGUGAGUCCAGACGGCCGCCUCGCCCUGUUUGACGACGUGGAGUUGAUACCACGCGAUUCAACUGGCGGCCGCACUGCGCGUGUGUGCGUGUCUCUGGCGUUGCUGCUGCUGCUGGAACUGUGUGGAGUUGUGGUAGUCUUUCGAGCGAAAGAGGGUGGGAUUGUGACUCCCCACGGGGGAUAUUUGCCGCAUACUUUGCGGUUUUUAUGUCACUUUUUCUUCUCCUCUUUUUUAAUGAUUUACGGAUCGCUUUUUAAACCUUUUUUUCUUCUUUGUAAUGCUCUUUUUGAUGCUUUCCCACUGGAGUAA